CGUUACGUAAUUUUGGCGAGCCUACAUGGUAGCUGGUUUAUAUUUUUGCUCGUGUAUAUACCACGGUGUCCGUUAAUUAAUAGGACAGCUGCUUAGACGGAAACCGCUUUGGCAGGACUUUAAGACGACACUACACUCAAAUUCUUCAAUUGUAUUUCUCAAUUAUAUUGUAUUUGUCGGCUUAUUGUCAUGUCAUCUUAAAUUCUUGUCGUCUUAUUUACCUAGCACAUAUACCACCAGUAAUAGCGUCAACAUGAUUCCGAUUUCUCAGAAAUGAAUGUUAGUGUAACUGUAGCUUAAAACCGGCUUACUCCGCUUACUCUUUGCUUUACUACCAAUUUUAUUUCGUUUCAGUUGAGCAUGGCAUCUGACUCAGAGGAAACAAAACUGUGUAAAAAUUGCCGAAAUGAAAUUCCUUGUGCAAGUUUUACUCUACACGAGAUUCACUGCUCAAGAAGAGUUCGAUUUUGCGGAGACUGUGAAACGGCUGUCAAUAUUUCUUCCUGGGAUGAACAUAUGGACCAGUUUCAUUCGCGUACUCCUUGUGUAAAAUGCAAAAUUGAAGUUGUGAAAAAUCAAAUGGAGAGACAUCUGCUCGUUGACUGUGCCCAUCGAAAAGUUCAUUGCGAUCAAUGCGAAUUGGACAUGCCAUUCAAAGAUUUAGCAGCCCACGAAGAUUACUGUAAGACAAGAACUGAGUACUGCGAGGCUUGUAAAAAGUACAUAAAUGUCAGAUCGUUGGACAACCAUGAUUGCAGACUUGAUCCUGAACCGGAGAGAAGGCAACUGUCACGAAUGGAUUCUAUGGAGUCGCAGUUUGGUGCUCUGGGAGGAUCCGCUUUGUUCGGAACCGAUACAGCAUCUCUCGAUCCUGAUACUCGACUGCUUAUGAAUAUGCAACUUCAGGAAAUUCAGAAAGCCCGCGCUAGAUCUAUGCUCCAAAACGGAGCGACCUUCAACGCAACUGACGACUUUGUGCCUUUUGGUCUUUCUUCGCGGGAAACCACCUUUGCAGCUGAUGACAGCGAUAUGCCAUGUCCAAAUUGCGCCGCUCCUGUUAACAUCAAAAGAAUGGAAACACACCUUCUCUCUUGCACAAGUUCGGGAGAUAACGGCCUGAAUGAACAAGAAUCGAGGUCAACAGAAAUGAAUGCUUUUGCGUUUCAAGACGACAGACACGAUUCAGAUACUGAUAGAUGUCAAUGGUGCUCACAAAAUAUCCCAACGAGUCAAUUUUUGGAUCAUUUUCGGGACUGUUUUGACGGUCAGUCUCGUAAUCCACUGCCUAAUACGCAACGACCAAUAGUGAUAUCAGAUUCAGAUAGUUCAGAUUCGGACGUAAUGCGUGUCACUGCGCCAGCAGUCGAUAAGCAAACAGAAAAUGAAAAUAAAAUUCCAUGCGAAUUUUGUGACAGGUUAAUUGAGUUCCUCGACUUUGAAAACCACAUUUUUACCUGUAACAGAGAUGCAUCGGUCGCUUCUAAUGGUGGUUUGCAAGCUCCAGAUAUUCCCUUGUCUGAUGAUUCAAUCGAUGGUCGAAUCGCGAGCCAUGAACCUGCAACAAACAAUGAAGCAAAUAAUGAUUUAAUACCCUGUGAGUUCUGCGAUCAGAAUAUUCGAAUUGAGCAACUAAUGGCCCACCAACUGUCUUGUACACCGCUAGCUACUACUUCUUUUGGAGACGAAGAUAGUCCUCGAAUGUGCGUGGAUGACAGUUUCAACUCAGAAACGGCGUCCCCGAUGCGUCCACAACAUCCUUAUGGACGGGAUACUUCAGAUAGAGCUGCUUCUGGUAGCACCGCUUUCGCAGACUUGGAAAGAAAGUAUGGACUUUCAUCUCAGUAUGACUAUAGUCGCGAUGUUACCGAGCAACUGAGAACCAAAAUAGGCAGUGGUUCUGGCGAUAGCUUCUGCGCUGACCGAAAUGAGUCCAACUCUGAGGCACAAAGAAGCCGUGUGUUGAACGGGGCCAGUGGUGCUGCAAGACCAUUGGCUUCCAGGCCUGCAGAUGCCAAAACAUGUGGUGCCAAUGGGAUAAGGGACAGAUAUGAUACAAAAACGUAUGCUACUAAUGGAACAAGGGACAGAAUUGACCCUUCAUCAAGUACAGAAGCAAAUGGAUCCAGUAGUAGAUAUGGUUCCAGCUCACAGAGCAAUCAGGGAGGAUACAAAUCAAGCGGCUCGUUCACGAGGCUGAAUGACACCGCCUCUCGAGAUCCGCGUAACGGAAGCGACUAUCGAGGAUCUUCUGAAAUAAAUGGAACUUCUUCGAGUCGCUACGCGGGCGGAUCUAGACCGAAAGCGCCCGUCCCCUCUUCAACCAGAACCACUGCUCCCCAUGCCUCUUUUAGGUCCAGUGUAGCCGGAGUUUCGACUGAAAGGGACCGACGGACUAAUCUCGUGAGUCAUUCAGACAACUUGAGAAGACAGCCCGUCACUCGUGAACGACCCAAUGUUUAUAAAAGCAACUACUCGAGCGGCCAAGAGAAAGAACAAUAGACUUUAAUGACUCAAAUUGGCGAAGGAAGUUUACAAAAGGGGAACUCGUUAACUAUUUCUCCCCUAUCGUACCUUGUAAAGAAUCCCCCUCUCUAAAAAGAACUAAUUAAACAGUUAGGCAUAUGCGAACUUUGUACCUAGUACCGAAUCGACGCGUUUGCAAACGGGUUGGAAAUAUUUAAUGAGAUCUACAGGAAGUUGAAAAAUUAGUGCAUUAUCGAUAUAUUCGAAAUUCAUUGUCGAAAAAACUCGGUCGAAAUAUUUUCAGGGCCUUAUUAAAAUUACAUAUUUGCGAUUUUGAAACUUUUUACAAGUUGUUAGUGAUCUUGUCGAUAACCCUCCCCUAUGCUGCCUAAUAAUGAGUAUCCCCCCUCACCCCUAGUGAUAGAGUUGAAUUGUUAAGCAUAAAAGAAUAUUGAAGUUAAUGAAGAAUUUCUCCUUUUUAAAGUAUGGUGGGUUGUGUGAGGUUUGUAAUGCUUUCGGUGCAAGAUCAGCUGUCGGUAGUAUUUUCUUGAAAUUUGCCACGAAAACAUUUAUCAGCGUUGAUUAAUUAAAAUUAAUAAUUGAACUUUCUAGCAAAUUGUUUAGUUAUCGACCCUUUGUUCACCCAUUUUUUUUCUGAAUUUGUUUCGUGAUUUUGUGUAUAUCUGAGAAAUCUAACCCGACGAUCUUAGCGGAGCGUUUCUCUCAAUUUAGUUGUAAAUCUUAGCUCUAUCUUUUGAAUUGAUUAGUUAAACAAGUUUUCCGUAUUUCUGUGGAAAGCUUUAGCCAUGCUAAUUUGUGUCAACUCAUUAUUUGAUUAAUUUAGAAUAGUUAUUAA